AUGGUCCGUAAGGGUCCAGUGCCACUGCGCGCCGAGCGCCCCAUCAUCCAGGACAGGUCUUCAAAAGACUUUGUGACACUCAAUGCCCUGGAGAACAUCAAGGCCCGGCCUCCCCUGGUGGAUCAAGAAGAGUACUGGUACACGUCAAAGCCAUCUUUUGGGAAGGUGCCAGGCUACUUGAAGCAUACAAAGAGGCAAAUAGCUGAGGAGAAAGCAAAGAUGGAUGCCUACCUUGCAGAGCAGGAACAAGUUGAGCAGGCACGGGAAUUGCCCAAGGAAGAGAAGGAUCUGCUGGUGCGGCUGUUGAAAACAAAGUGGCAGCAGCUCAACAGCGACUUUCUGAAGCUGCCCUUCUCCCUGGACACGCCAUCCAAGAAGAAGAGAAAGGAAAUGUACGAAGCGCAGCUGCAGCAGAUUGAGAAGGACAUCUGGCUGCUGCAGCGGAGUGAGAAGCUAGUGAUCACUGCAGGAUGA